AUGGUGUCCGGAGAAGUCCCUAGUAGCUUUGAUGCUUACAAGAGGAAGAAAUUCUUCAAGGAUGCUAGGCAUUACUAUUGGGAUGAGCCUUACUUGUACAAGAGAGGACCAGACAGCAUUUACAGGAGAUGCAUUGCUGAAGAGGAUGUGCAAGGAGUUCUAGAGCAUUGCCAUGGGUCAGCUUAUGGAGGUCACUUUGCUACAUUCAAAACAGCAACUAAGGAAAGGAGGGAUCACCAAGAGGGACGAGAUGCCACUAAACCCAAUUCUAGAGUUGAGAUCUUUGAUGUAUGGGGAAUAGACUUCAUGGGACCUUUCAAACCUUCUUCAAACGGGCACAACUACAUUUUGGUUGCUGUGGACUAUGUAUCCAAAUGGAUUGAAGCCAUUCCCUGCCCAACCUGUGAUGCCAAGGUGGUUGUCAAGCUUUCAGAACCAUCAUCUUUCCAAGAUUCGGCAUCCCAAGGGUUGUUAUUUCGGAUGGAGGCUCCCAUUUCAUCAACAAGGUGUUUGAAAAGUUGA